UUGCUUAUCAUAUGUUCAGCCGCGCUAUCAUUUGAUGUGUGUUAAAAAUACAGUUAAAAGACGAUAUACCCGCCAUCUGACACUUUUCGUCGAAAACCAAUAAACAAAGAGUCAGUGUAAAAUAGUGACCGGCCGUUCAUCGUGGUCCGAGCCCGUGAACGCUCGAGAACCGUUCGCAGGGCUAUGAUAUCCGUGUAAAAUGUCGAAGUCUGACGGAGUAGGUCUUUAGCGGGAGUUCAAGGGGUAAAAAUAUUGUAUUGAAGAAAACGAAGGAAAGAGAUCAAGCAAACUAAAUGGGGAAAAUCAAGAAAAAACCACAUUUGGUCCACUGCACUGGUUCACGCAAUGUUUUGCGUAACUUGAUGCUCCGUGAUUUUGGCUUGCACACUACGCACAAGACGAGUACACGUGAAUUCGAACCUAUUGCUGAGACGAACUUGGUUCUUAAGGAUCAUAAGGAAUUGAAAUGCGAUCUACCUGGUGUACCCAAGGCAUCGUUUCUCAUGGUUUUCAGUCCUGAUGGGACUAAAGUUGCAUCCACCCAUGGAAAUCACAAUGUUUAUAUAACAGAUCUCACAACGGGAAAGAAUAUUCGUACACUGUCGGGUCAUCCUCGUACUCCAUGGUGUAUAGCCUUCCAUCCCUCGUCGAGUGAGAUCUUAGCUUCAGGAUGUCUUGGUGGGCAAGUUCGUGUCUGGGACCUUAGCGGUGGUAGCGAGGUUUGGAAUACAGAAAGUCAAACCGUAAUCGCCUCAUUGGCGUUUCAUCCAUCUGAGAGACUUCUGGUUAUUGCAACGUACAAUGAAGUUCACUUCUGGGACUGGAGUCAGUCUGAGCCUUUUGCAGUAGUAACCACUAGAAAUGACAAGGAGAAAGUGAGAUACGUGGCUUUUGAUAAUAUGGGACGAAAAUUAAUAACUGGUAUUGCUAAUGCACCACAGAUGCAAUCACAAUGGGAUCGACCUCCUAUCGAGCAGCCAUUUCGAACUUUUAUUCGAUUGGCUCGUGAACGAUCUCAGGAUCUGGAUAGGUUUCCACGUCUAAAUCAAGGCGUGAUUUAUGGUGGACGAUGGCGCGACAAUUAUAAUGACAGAAGUACACGAAGAAUGGAGUACAGAAUGCAUCGUAGGAAUGCAUUUACGGAAAUUAGACAUUCUAUCAGGAGCGAACUCAGUCGACAAGAUCGAGAGCAGAGAAGUCGUUUUUGGUCUCCUGCACCGAGUGCAAUUCGGCGCAGCGGAAUGCUACAGGAGCCAUCGAUGCAGGUUGGCAACGUGACAUCUCAGGUGAGGCGCAAUACCUAUACAUCCCCCAGCGAAAACCGGGUAGAUGAUCCAUACUUCUUUCGAUGUUCACGUACGACUGGGGAACCAUCGGUGAGAGAAUCGAGAAGUCAAAUUGCGCCCAGACUUCGUGAUCAAUCGACUUCCUCGAGCAAUUCAAUCAUCGAAGAGCAACGCAAUGGGAUUUCGACAAAUGUAGAGCAAGACCAAAAUAAUUUAUUUCCUAGAACCAAUCUAGAUCGACAAAUAGAUAAUAUUUGGAACGUGAUAAACGAGAGGAUCGAAAGAGUUAAUACACAAGAUACCGAACGUAGGAUCAACCUGUGUUACAGGGGCCUGGUGCAUCAGUGUGAAGCCCUCGCAAUGCGGUACUAUCCGCUUUCCUGGAGGCUGAAUAGGGUUGAUCGUGAACCCAAUCCAAUGAAUCCGAAUCAAUCGAGGAAUCGAUCCAAUGAGCCUGAAUCAUCUGCAGUGCAGGAGGAACAUUCCGACACUGAUAGGAAUGAGCCCGCUGCCGAAUCGUCCAUAGGAAGACUAAGGAAUACCUUGAGUGGCAGUGGUCAGGCCAAUAGUGACAGUUUGGAGAGAUUGCAGCGACGUCCGCAUCAACUGAUUAAUCGUGCCCAGGAACAGGAGAUUUCUGCUGCUCUCGAAAACCUCUUUAGCGUUUUGAGUGGUACUGCUAGCAGUAACAGUUGCUGUUUGGCGCAAUUGCAGAAGUUACGCGAACGUCUUCAGAGGUACACCACCAGGGUGUUCGCCAAUUCGAAUAUCCAGAACACGAGGAUUCAAACUCUGACGAAUGCUCUGAAUCAGGAAAUCGAGGCGCUCAAUAAUAUGGAGACGCGGUUCACGACGACCAGGUCCAGGAUCCAACGUCUACGAGAUGGAGUUAAACUGUCGAACCAUGAGCAGUCUACAAGUUCUGGGCUUCCUGGAUAUACUGAUCAAAAUACUGGUGUAGGACAACAAACUUCUAGUACAGCUGCUGCUGGUUCGUCGAGGACUCCAGACCCUUUCGCCUCUGUUACCUUUGCCAUGGAUCCUAGUACAGACGAUAUCAGAAUCGCUGGAAUUCGCGAGGGUACGAGUACAUCUAGUCCAGGAAGUAGCAGAACUCAGGGUACCUUUAGAUCAAACAGAAGAAGAUCUGAAGCUGUUGAUGCCGAGGAUGAGCCACCGAGGAGACGCCGACGACACGAAGGUUCGCACAUUUGGUAUCCAAGUUACAACGCUAACAUACGUAACUGGAUUGAAAUUCAUAAUGAAAGUUCGCCCUCUAGCGAUGAAGGAUAUUCUGUUAGUACGUCGCAUCCUGGUACAUCAAAUUUUACAGUUUCUUCUCGUUCUGCCUUUCAACCAAGCCUACCAAGCCUACCAAAUUUUAUGACAUUGAACGAUAUGAGCGGCCGGCUUUCUUGCUUGAAUAAUACAAGUCGAAGAUUCAUCAGAAGUAUUAGGAACCGUACCCAAGAGAUAUCUCAAGAGGUCAGAAGAGUUCUAGAUUUCUUUCAAAGGCACGUCAAUCCACAAUCUAAUGAGGGUGUAGAGAACUCUCAAGAAGAACCUCUGGAUGAUGAAAAUGCUGGGGAACAAUCGGAAAGCGGAUAUUGGCUACUUGAAGAAAACAGCAAUUCCGACUCGAAUCACGACGAACCAAAUCCAAAUUCUAAUUCAGAAUCUAGAAGAUGGACUAGUCGAUGGAUACGUUUAAACUCUUCAAAUAGGAAUUCUGAAACUUCGAAUGAUAAUCUAUCUACUGAUCAUGGAAGACCACGCUCACCUGCCAACCGAUCUGAACCAAGAAACUUCUCUAGGAUAAGAUUACCAGGAUCUCCUAAUGACAGGAACCAACUAUCUCCAGUUUCUAUAAACUCUACUAGGUAUGAGCAACCGCCAUUGUUUCCCUUCAGAAGUUUGCGAGAAAAUCAGACCAGAAGAGAGGAACAGAAUCAAUCUGACUUGUUGCGUGCUCAAAACAGUGCGGAACCAAUUGGAGAAAUUCUAGACAGUAUUCCUGAGGCCAUAAUUGAGAUCCCCUCCAUAAGUGGAGACGUGCCUGAAAUUGCUAACGUGCAGAAUAUCACCAGUUCACUAAAUCAAAUAUCAGUGAAUAAUCUAGAACAAAGUAGAGGUCUGGAGAACGCAGAGUAUAAUUGUGGAUUUGGUUAUGAAGACGGUGCUGAUGAUGGGAAUCCCGACAGAGUUGGUGACGAAGAAGGUUUCCGAGGAUGGAGAGUAUGCCCUCUCAGACAGAAUGAAAGUCAUUCCGAUGACUUGGUUAGUCGACAAGAACUAAUCUUAUUAUGUCGCCAUAUAGCCAAUAUGCAACGACUUUGUAGGGCUAGAUUGGAAAUCGUACAACUGCAGCAGGUACGUAGAAUGUGGGAAGAUCUGCGACGUCAGAUAAGACGUCUUCACGUAACGGUUAUAAUCGAAAGAGAGAGUGAUCAAUCUCAACCAGGAACUAGUACGGAUGGUGCGGUUCCAUCGACCUCGACACAAAACAUUUCCACAGAGUCUCAUAUCGAACCAGCUAAAAAUUUUAAAAAGGCUCUCUUGGAAAUUUAUAAAAGAACCAAUAGCGAGACCGAUAAUGAACCUAAAAACGACCACAACCAACCGUCGACCUCGAGAGGUACAACGUCAUCCGGAGGUCAAAAGACAGGAAAAUCAUCAUCAAAGAGUUCAUCGCGUCAAUUGGACGAGACCUCGACUAACAUAAGCCUAUCAAAUCUACUGCCAAGUAAGUCCGAACUUAAACGUAUGGGACCACACAACAUUUAUCAAACUCUCCAUAGUCUCUAUUCGUAUUGUCCCACUGAUAAUUCACAAUCAGCCUCAACUUCGAAUGCCACUAGUGAUCAUACUUAUUCCAAUCUGACAACCAAUAAUAAUAACAACAUGCAACUGCCAAGUAUAUCUAGCCUGGUGUCGGACAUUGCUGGUAGUUUGAAUCUACCAGGAAACAGUGGAACGACACAGAGCGCGCAGUUGCCGGGAAUAUCAAAUUUGGUGAACAGUCUAGCAGGAAGUUCAGGAUCAGCUAGGACUACUCAAAUCCCAAUAAUAUCAGGUUUGGUUUAUUCAAACAAUCCCAAUAACAGUAAUAAUCCAUCGGGAAAUUCCAACACACAAAACUCAGCAAGUCAAUCAGAAAGCUCGACCUCUGCAACGUCACCAGAGUCUCCGAAUGAUAAUUCGAAUUUAAGAAGAGAACAGUAUACUUAUCAAAAAUGGAGGUGCAGUAGAAGGAUGCAUUUGAAACGUACAAGGCUACCUACUAUGAAUCCGCGAAACAUGUCGCGAUCACGGGUACGAUUAAUAAAUAAUUAUUUUCGAAAUUAUGAACAUGCCAGAAGGUACUGGUGUCUUGAUAGAAAUUCAUCGAGCAGUGGUAAUAACGCUAGUGGUGAUAAUAACCCUAGUGGCGAUAAUAAUGCUAGCGUUAAUAAUACUAGUGGUAACGCUAGUGGCAAUCCUAGUGGUAGUCCUAGUGACAAUCCUAGUGGCAAUGGCAGUAAUGGUAAUGGUAAUGCUAAUAGCGGUGGCAAUGGUAACGUCAGUACUAGCAACAAUAUCACCACAGAAAGAAAUCGUGUGCAAACAACCACAGAAUCGUUACAAGCUAUGAUUGUCAGAUUGGAGGCGCUGGUAAAGCAGCAAAGAGCCCUGGCCAGGAAUGAGUCCGGCAGAGGAUCUGAUAGUGACAGUCAAACCGAGAAUAUCAGAGAGAAUAAUGACAAUUUUGAAAUGGAAAGAGUACGAGAGGUGAACAGGCUGAAAGCUAGAAAUGUUCUGAGUCUUAUGGUGGAAAGUCUGACACAAUUCUUUGAAGAAAUACGACCUGUGAAUGGUUCUCACAGCAAUGUACUCUACGACCAAAUCUGUAAGAUGUACAUUUUACUUCAUUUGGCAUUGGAGUUGACUGAUCUUCUUUUGGCCCAAUUAGUCACGACUACAAGGGAAUUAGAAUUAAGUAAAUAUGGACCACUGAGAUCUGCUUUAUUAGUGCAAAAUCAAAAUGGAGCAGAUGAACGACGUAAUAGAAAUGUUGAUAAUCCUCAAACUGAAGCUAAUCGUCCUAGUAGUAGUAACAGUAGUAAUGUUACAGUAUCACCAGGAAACGAACGACGUCGUCACUCCAGAAAUCUUGGAGCUGGUGCAAGUACCAGUGCUGCAAGUGACAUACAACUAGAAGACGCAGAAGAUCCUCUGUCUACACAGAGUACUAGGUACUACCACAACAUGGAUGAAACGUUGAAAAGAUGGCUUGAUUAUCCUAUGAACUUAGAUGAACACCUCAGAAACAAUUCGACGAGUGAAGCGCAGCAGCAGACUUCGGAGCAAACGGCUCCAGUGGAUAAUCCUUUGGACAGUAAUUCAUUUAACGUGGAUUCCGAGAAUGAGGAGACUCGACAGUCGAAUGCCAUGGCUGGACACAUCUCCUCAGAGAGUGCACUCUCUGCUGAGGUUCAGAGUAUCGUUCAGAGAAUUCACAAUAGUCGAAGCAUUGAUGAAGAUGAACGUCGCUUGAACAGGCCAGCUUCCGAUGUUCAGUUAGAGAGUAACAUUGGGACUGAAGAUGAUGUCGAGAGCCAACGAGACUUGGCUGCCGGUAGUAAUGAUUCUCUAAGAGACAGAUUAAAUCGCGACAUGAUGUCGAGGGCGUUCGAAUUUCCUUUGACGCGUGGAAGACCUUACAUCGAGCUGAACAGAGAACAACAGUCACAGGAUAAUGAAUUCUUAACUGUUCAUAGAAAUGCUUCUGGAAGAGAUAGAAUGGAUCUCGAAAGGAUUUUCAGACCGUUUGAAAUAGACUGGGAAAGUAUUUUGAGACCGCUCUAUACAGAUUUAGAAAGAAUUGCGAGACCUUACGAUGAUAUACUUGGAAGACCAAACGCAGAGUCUAGCAGAGAACAACAGUCCCAAGAAAACGAUUUCCGAAGUGAUCGCAACAAUUAUGAAAAUGAUGUUGAAGAUCGAGAUACGGCUACACAUAGAAACGAUUCUAGAGAUGAUGGGACAGAUUUCUUCAGGCUUACAAGACCAUCUGAGGGGCCUCCUGCAGCUGGAAGAUCUCAAAUGGAAUCCAGUAGAGAACAACAAUCACAGCAAAAUGAUUUCAGAAAUGGCCGCAGCAAUUAUGAACUUAACCGAAUUCAGUUUCAAAGAUCACUUAUUUCUGCUACAAUAACCAGAGGGCUGACAUCAACAUCGCUUCGUGCAGCAGAACGAAUUUCAUCUGGAGCAUCAGGUUAUAGAGUAGUACCAGGAGGAAAUUUGGCCUCGAGAUUGAGCUAUAUGAAUUAUAUAAGACAACUUCUUCAGAACCGUGAAAAUGUCACCAGGAGGCGUGAAUUAAGUGUACCCGUGGUACAAGUGAAUAACGUCCCAGUGAAUGACUUCAAUAAUUUGUCCGGAAAUUCAAGAAGGAGACCAAGCAUUCGUCCUACACCUCCCCAUACACCACCGCCCUAUUUAAUCAAUAGUUUCUUAAAUAAUAUCACAAGAGGAAGUGGUGGUCACCCAAGUGAUUUUAACGAUCAGCCAGGACCAAGUUCUUCCCAGUCUAACAACAGAGAUCAGGAUUUGAGCGGACAUCAGAACUUCUCCUCACAGGUUCGCAGAUGGUUCAUAGCUCACCGAUUCUUGAAUCCACGAUUUGGUAUCUUUGGAGGAGCUAAUGGGCCAGGAAGUGGCGGUAAUGGUGGCGGCGGCGGUGGCAGUGGUGGUCCUGGUGGUCCUAGUGGUCCUAGUGGUCCUGGAGGUCCUGGAGGUCCUGGAGGUCAUAGUGGUGGAAGUCCUGGGGGUGGACCAGAUCCUGUCAAUGACGAUAGCGACGAUGUCGGACUACGAGAUCAUGUUCCAGUGAGUCCAUUAAUGGCGACUUUUAAUGGUCUCGAAAUUCAAAGUCAUCGUGUACAGGCUUGGGACUUUUCUCAGGGUGAAAUUCCAGACAUUACUGAUCCUGAGAAAAAUGUUGUAGUACGUGAAUGCAAAAUUCACAAUGACGCAAGCGUGGAUAUAUCAUCAGACGGCAAGUUACUCGUUACGUUACUUCCCUUUGGCAGGCUUAGUGUAUCCACAACAGUAGGUGUAUACAGUCUACAAUGGGAAAAUCUUGGUGAAAGAAUUUACUCGACGAAAAUCGAUCAGACAGUGGUGUCUGUGUCAAUGUCUCCUACGAGGCAGCAUCUCUUGGUAGGGCUGGCAUCGCGUAGAAUUCACAUAGCGACUCGACCGUUACCAAUGGCCCUGAUAUUCAAACUAGUUGACAAAGAACCUGAGGAAGAUAUGAAGUGCAACAUAGAACAGUCGAAUCCGCGUUAUUUGAAUCCAUUCGAUUCAGCUGAUGCGUAUGAUCGAAGGGCUGACGAUUUAAUCCAUAGUAUGGAUAAUUAUUUAAACAAUAUAAGACAGGCUGAUGGUCCCGAUGAUGAUAGAAAUAAUGAUCAGGAUUGGAGGAAUCGAAGCGCAAGGACAGAAGCUGACAUUAAGGACAACAAGAAGAGCAUGGUUUUACUGCGAGAACUAGUUCAUAAUAAUCAGGAAACUACUGGGUAUGUCAGUUUAAAUUGUAUAAGAUGGGCUCCGCAGCCUGGUCAAGGUAUGGUCUAUGCAACUAAUACCGGUCAAUUGAAUAUUCUUCACUGAUGUGAUUCCUUUUGAUGAGUAUUGAAAUAGAAAUUUGAAUGAGCUGCAAACAAUCUAAUCUCAAAUUAAUCAGAACUCAUUGAAAUAAAGAAAACUUUACUGGCGAGAAACGUAGAGGCUUUGCGUAAAGACAUUUUCCUAAUGGAUAUACAUAUAUAAAUAUAUAUAAAUACAAAAAUAUACUAAAUCGUAUUGACUUUUCGAGACUACGAUAAAAUGUCGCUUAAUGUUUCUCAGAAUUUAUUUCUUUUUUCUUCUCCCUUUCGUUCGUACUCUCUUCAUGUCUCAUUACUUAACUUGAUUUGCCAAAAAACUGGAGUGAACAUUUACAUUUGUAUCUUUACUCAACAUUCAUUAAGACUUUUGUUUAUUUAUUUAGUUCUGUUUUUUCGCACGAUCUUUUUCUCAGUUUACUGUAACAAAUUUUUUUGUUCUUUACAAUUUUAUUUUUUUACGGGAGGAUAAGGGUGCACUGCGUGAUGUGUGUAAAUACUUUUGCUUCAUGCGAAAAACCGUGCGGCAUGCAUAUAGGAUCUUAUGAAAAUUGUUACGUUUAAGUUUGAGGAUUUGUAAAACAAAAAAAAGAAUGAUGGAAGCAAAGGUGCUUAGCCACUCGGAUCACACGUAAAAAUACGUACACGCAAUUAUGCAUCUACACGGAGAUAAAUAGCUGUAGAGGUACGUGUGUGAUUUAAUAUAUUAAUGUGCAUAAUUUGUAAGAUUUUUCUAUUUGUAUUAUUUAAAUAUUAACGCUUAAACACAACUGUAACGUGCAUAUUCAUACGUCCAUACGCGUGCAUUCAUUAUUUUUAAUACCAGACUGAAUUUCUAAUUAACGAUCUGAGUAUUAUUUUAAUCACAAAUGAGCGACAAACUUUGUAGAAAUUUAUUAUCGAGAGCGCAGUCGGAUUGUACGUACGAUCACAGAAUCUUAUGUCGACGUAGCUAAUCAGUGCCAACAUAUUAUCAGACAUUGUAUUGUAUAUGGAAUAUUUAUCGUGCAUACGUAUGUAAAAAAUGACGUAAGUUUAUAAAAUUAUGAAGAAAACGAAAAGUUUAUUUCGAAUUCGGUAAAUGCAUCCGGGGAUAUGCAAUGCCUCUCUGUAUAAGAGAAUUAUAGCAUUUGAAGUUUUUUGUUCCCUGUUUUAAUUUGUGCCAUCUAAACAUUUCUUUUCGCCUGUCUUACUUCUCAUUUUUUUCCGUGUUAUUAAAUGUAAUCAUUUUAAUUCGUUCGAUGACUCAUUUCAUAUUUCACAUUAUUCAAACACUAGCAUUCACACUUGUUUAGCUUACUCUGUACUAUCGAUGUAGAAUAAAAGAAACAAUGUUAAUCCAAUUUAGCUGCGACAACUUUUUAUAGUGUCAUAGUAAAAAAUUUGUAACUUGUGUCUCAUACAUGACCAUAUAAAAUUAUUUUAGAACCUUUUUUUUUUAAUAAUUCAUAUUUCUAUGAGGCAUUAUGUAUGCGCAAAGAAAAGACAAUGAUAAAAUAAGACUGGCAAUCGGAUCCAUUGAAUGAGUAAUGUGUGGAUUAAAUUCUUAAGCAAAAGGGAAAGGAUGGGCUUGGCGUUAAUGGAAAGUGCCAAUAAAUCCUUUAAAUAAA